AUGGCCGCGCGCGAGCUGCGUCCUGCGGGUCCUGCGGGUCCUGCGGGUCCUGCGGGUCCUGCGGGUGCGGCGUCUUCGUCCAGUGCUGAAGCGCAGCCACUGGAGCCGUUCGUCUUGGCACCCACCGAGGGACAGUUCACAGGGGACAAGAAAUUGCGUGACCGCGUGACCGGAGUAGCCAUUGCUACCGCGAUUUAUUUCAUCGCCUCGGCGUUGAUUCAGGUGCUCUGCGGCCUCCUCAACGAGCGCAUCCUGGAGCGGAACCUCCGCUCCCUGGCACAGGUCCAGGCGGUGCCGGAACUCACCUGGCUGGUGGACGCCUUGCCCAGUGCGGUGAUUUUGUCCGCGGUGCCUGUCUUAGUGGUGUCCUUCCUGACGGGAUGUCUCUUCGCCACCUGCGGCCUGAUGGGCUCUAAAGCCAACUCAGAGUGUUGCGCCUGCUGCUACUGCUGCUGCAAUGCCUGCUAUUGUUUUUGUUUGGUCUUAGCCUUCAUGACCACUUUGGCCUUUCUCCAAAGUGUGUCUGGGGCCAGCGGCACGGCGGAGCUGUGGUUCGAUCAGUGCGAUCCGAAGAUCUGCUACCCACUGGGCUUUGAUACCAACCGCAAGACGACCAUCGACUGCCUGGCACCCGCCGUGUGGGAUGACUACACCGUGCAGUUUGAAGGAGUGGACCAUCUGCCGGAGGAGUGUCCUCCCAUGUACCUGGAGUGCGGGGAGCAGGAUGUGGUGGAAGAGCGGUCUCUGCAGGAGAUAGAUGAGGAGCCAGAAGAGGCUGAAGGCGAGGAAGCAGAGGCUGAGGAAACUGAAGAGGCCGGGGGAGCGGCGGAGGAGGUCCCUGAAGACGCUGGUUCCGAAGAUGAGGAUCCAGGUGCUCCAGUGGAUGCCCCUGAAGCGUCCCAGGAUGCAGAAACAGAGGAGGUUGCUGAAGCCGCAAGUCCAGAAGAUGAUGCAGAUCCAGGUUCAGGUGAGCCGGAGGCUGUGGAAGAUGCGGAGCCGGUACCAGAGGGGAAUCAGGAUGCAGACACAGAGGAGGACGAGGUCGCUGAAGCCAGUCCUGAAGAUAGUGUGGAUCCAGGUGAAUCGGAAGUGGAGACCGUGGAUGCCCCUGAGCCGGCGCCAGUCGAGGAUGCAGAAACGGAGGAGGCUGAAGAUGCCGGUCCGGAAGAUGAAGUGGAUCCCAGUGCUGCCCAGGGGCCGGCUGAGGAGGCCGAUGCCGACCCUGCCGACCCUGCCGACCCUGAGCCCUCGGGGGAAGCUGAGGUGGAGGAUCCCCAAGCGGACGAAGAGGACGAAGAGGACGAAGAGGAAUGGCAUGGUAGGUCUGAGAAUUCCUUGAAGGCCUUGGCGCAGACCGUGCUGGCAGUGCCCAUGCCGGAGGAUCCACUGACUGAGUGCCAGCCCUCCAAAAUCGUGGCGCUGUACAAGGUGGCGCGAAGAGAGGCUCCUUCUGUCUUUGAUGCCGUGUGGAAGCAAAGCAUGCUGCGUCUGGUUGCGAUGAUCCCAGGCUUUCUCCUUCUUUCCCUUGGAUUCUGGUGGGGACAUGACCUCUGGACGAAGCUCACCAAAGGCACAGGCACAACGCCUGCCUAUGUCUUGAACCUUCCUUUUGGGCAAGCGGAAUCUGCAGACGUUCAGAUGACGCACAUGUCCCAGCCGCUAAUGAAUCAGCCCUGA